UCUCAGGUCAGGGGGCCUCAUGGAGCCGAGUUCGUCAAGCAACCACAAGGCCCUCUACUAGUAAGUAUCUAGAACAGCUUUACCAGAGUCUUCAAUGUAUAAAGGGCAUCUGCUACGCUGCUUGAAUUCUACCACAGCUCUCAGCUACACAAACAACCAUCAUCAAAACGGUAUCUUCUACUUUCAACAUUACCAAAAUGAAGCUUCUGUCUAUUCUUCUCGGCCUCGCCGCUACCGGAGCUCUAUGCUCUCCAACCACCUCUGCAGUCGAAGCCACUGUUGAAGAUUGUGGCGAACUCGGAGUCAUGGAGUGGGACCUAGCAAGCCUACCCGAAGGCACUGACGUUUCUGCUCUCCGAAAGUGCAAGAAGCAUCCCUCUGAACUUGGAAUCGCCAGCCCUCUGUACGACCCAGCUUCAGAGACGGAAGUCACCAACUCUUCCAAGCGCGGAGAACUUCUCGAUGAGGUUGCGACGCUCGCUAAACGGGGUGUUUGCUCAAAGGGAGGACGUGGCUCGGGCUACGACUACGAUUAUGGCUGUGAUAAUGGCUGGUGCUGGAGGAACUGCGAUGGUCCUUUCGUCAAUGCUGACGUUGGUCUCAAGAAGACUUGGUGCUGGCUCGCAUACGAAAGCGGCAAUGGAGGUUGGACUCCCUGUGGCAGGUGGCAGGACUGCGAAUGGUCUUACAACAACAAGGCUGCCAAAUGUGGCAAGGGAGAUUGCAAGGCCUGUGGCUGUGGCUGCUGAUUUUGAAUCCACGAAUGAGGUGGACAUCAGCCAUUGAAAGGAUACUGAAUGGGACGAUAAGGAUUUGAGAGGGUCAGGGGAACUUCUAAUCUCUCAGAAUCUUGUAGAUUAGAUUGGCGCCAUCCUCAGCAAUGUCACAUAUUCCUAAAUUUUCUUCGCCACAGGCUCUCGAUGUAAUUUCAUUACCGUCGUCACGACCAUGGGUGAUAUCUUCACCGUCUGAAAAUCUCUUAGGUCCAUCUUCGUCAUUUACCCAAGGCUAAGGCUUUUACACCUGAUUACACUGUAGUGUUACGUUCAACAAUUGUGUAGUGAACAAAAUCGAUUGCGUC